UGAUUUUUGAGUGCAUGGAAACUUUUCCAAUCUUCAUCAUUUCUUCGUCUUCUUCCUAUGCACAGAAGCAAAAAUAAUAAAAAGAAAAUAAAAAAAAUCAGCCCAAGUGAAAAUGAACAUAUUGUUCCGUAAAGUGAAUUAAUUAUUUAUUAAAUUUAAAAGAAAUUAACCUCCCAAUUAUUAUGUUUAAAUUCUUAAUUUUACAAACCAAACAAAAAUCCAUAAAAGAAACCUUUAACACGAACUUAAGAACCAAAAAUUAAACCUCGAAAACAUUUCUCUUGCGGAUUUUUUACGCAUUGAUUAAUUCAAAAAGCCUCAUAGUGUAGCGUUUACUCUAAUUAUGGCAAUAAAGGUCCAAUUUGAAAUUGGACAUACGGCAACGGUGAAAACCAAGCGCACUCCCGAAGGUUUUACCCAUGAUUGGGAACUUUAUGUGCAAGGUGUGAAUAAAGCUGAUAUAAGUGCGUUUGUUGAUAAAGUUGUGUUUAACCUUCAUGACUCAUUUCCAAGGCCAAAGAGAUCUAUAAAAGAACCACCAUACGUGAUAAAAGAAUCAGGAUACGCUGGGUUCGUACUCAACAUCGAUAUUUAUUUCCGAAAUCGUGAUGAACCAAAACGAGUGACUUACAUGUACGAUUUGGAUCUACAGCAUGAAGGACCACCAUAUCAUCGGUGUGAAAUAAAAAAAUUCAUUUUUGAAGCUCCUUCAGAAGAUUUUCGCCAAAAACUGGUCAAAGGUGGUGGUAUUGCUGUGUCGGCUGUUGUUGGUGGAGCCAUUACCAGUGACGACAAAAGUAUCGAUAUGAGUAUUCCCGACAAUCGAGGUCAAAUGGUUGGUAAACCAAAACUAAGCACUGAAGCAACCAGCUCGACCUCUUCAUCAUCUUCAAAAAAACACAAACAACGACCAGAAGACAGCAAAUUGAAUACUUUUGCGAAUCUCUUUGGUACUCCAAUAACUAAAAGUGCUCCGAAAUUCUCUCCAGAUCCAAAGAACAAAACCGCUAAUGGUGGUGCUAUUGUCCCAACAGGUCCUUCAGUGCCAGGAAAAGGGAAGGAUAAAUCAAGUUUGGUGACUGUCGGUGCAACAGCUGGAACUGUUUCCUCAGGUCCGAUUGCUGGUGGUGGCAAGGAAAAAGAAAAAGCCGAGAAAAAGGACAAACACAAGCAAAGUCCACAUAAAGAUAAAUUGCAUGAUGAAAAGGAGAGUAAGAAAAAAUCUGAUGGGAAGCAUGAUAAGCGAGAAGAGAAGAAAAAGGACAAAAAAGACAAGGACAAAGAUCGGGAAAGGACCAAAGAAAAGCCCUCGAAAAGAUCCCUCAGUCCGAAGAGUGCAUCAGCUUCAGCUCCCAGCCCAAAAAGACCAAGUCCUGUGCGGUCAUCUUCGGCUGCAAGUCGUGAUGAUACAUCAGCUAAAUCAUCCAGCAAGAUGUCUGAAAGCGACAAACGUGGAAGCAGCUCCUCUAGCGGGAAAAAGUCGAAGAAGGAAAAGAAAUCACACGACAAGGAACGUGACCACAAAGAGAAACAUCGAACUGAUGUUAAGGAUAGUGCUCCUGCGGCAAGUGUUGCGCCCGCCGCUGCAGCAACCGCAACACCGCUUCCUGCUGUAUCGCCUGCCGUUCAAUCAUCAAAGACUGCAAAUACUACAGUUACUCCUAAAACUGAUCUCAAUAGCAAUAAAAAUCAAAAAGCCCCAGACAAGGAAAAAGACAAGGACUCGAAGAAAACUGACUUAAAAUCUUCAGAGAAAGAGAGUACACCUGUACAAGCAAGCGAUAAGAAACUUUCCACCGACAAAGAUAAAAAAUCGCACAAACACAAAAAGAAAGACAAAAACAAAGAAAAGGAAAAAGAGAAAGAAAAGGAUAAAGAUCAGCCAUCUAAGAAAUCAACAAGCAGCAAAGAUAAGAAAGAUAAAAAAGAUAAAAGUGUCAAAAGUGAAUCUGCAAUUCCAACAGCUGGAACAAGCAAUAGCAAUUCAUCAGCAAUAUCAAAGAAGUCCACAGCCACAAAUGACGUGGAUGUACCAAUAGAGACUGCCAGCACAAAAUCAACCUCAAGUACAGUGUCGUGCACGUCUUUGUCGACGAAACCCACAACAACGACAGCAGCAACAAAUAAACAAAACAAUAAUGUCACUGCGUCGACGGUGCCUUUAUCAAGUAAUAGCACCAAUGCUACAAGCACAGGAGCAACAUUAGCUGGAAGUGGCCUUUCAAAUGCUGCAAACGACCUCAGCGAUGUAGAUAGUCUCAACUCCGAGAGUCUACAUACGGUUUCGAACUCGAAUUCGGAUAAAGCUGCACCAAUACACAACUCAGACAGUUCGAAUAGCAGCUUUCCAGAUGUGCCGAUAACGGCCUCGGCCCCUAAAUUAACAACGCCGGUAUUUCAAGCUCCAGCAAAUCCCCAGCCAACACCGCCAACGACUCCAUUAGCUAGUACAGCACCAGCGGCAAUAGCCGAACCCCCACGACCGCAAGCAGCACCGGUGGUGGUAGAAAAGAAAACCCAUCGCAGUGGCGGCGCUGAAAAAUCAAAGCUUGAUAAGACUGCAGAAAAAGAGGACAAGAAACGUCGAAGAAACUCCACAGCAGUUAAUACCUUUGUCGAACCCCCUGUGAAACAAAUCAAGAAAGAUCUAAAACCAGCUCGCGAUCGCGAGAAGUCCCAAUCACCAUUGCUUCGCACCGAAGAAAAACAAACCUUCUUACCUCCUCCGGCCACUACAUCAACACUACCCAUUCAAAAUACACCCGUCACAGCUCUUAAUCUGGAGUACCUGUCCGAACUACAAGAACUGCACCAAAAAAUCAUGACUCUACAAGACAACGAAGAGUUGCAACAAGUUGUCGAGAUGAUUGCCGCUACCGGACGCUAUGAAAUAACCAGCAAAACAUUUGAUUUCGAUUUGUGUAAGCUCGAUCGUACCACGGUGCAAAGGUUGCAAGAAUUUUUCGCCACCUCUGUAUCGUGACACAAAAUUCGACUCUAGAUGCCAAAUAACAAUUUUGUAGAAAUCAAAAACUAAUUAAAGUUUUAUUCUUCUACUACCAUCGCGCAUUUGUUGUAUACACCCUGCCUUUUUUCUUCUUCUCUCAAAAACAAACAAACAAAAAAUAAAACAUCAUCAACAGCAUAAGAC